CGACUCGGCACAUCACGAGCUGGUUCAGAUUUUGAAUUUCGUUGUCGGCGAGUUUGGAAAAGUUCAAAAGCAGUUUGUUUGUGUUAGCAGAUUUAUACCGAGAUGUCUGAGGUGAAGAAAGAUGUGAUAACUUUAGAAUCCGCCCAGCUAUCUGCUGAAAAAUGGACACUGCGAUCCGAGAGCGUCAGUGUAGAGAUCAUGUCCUUAGGCUGUGUGAUAACCGCCAUCAAAACACCUGAUCGGAAUGGACACAGUGCGGAUAUUGUGUUAGGCUUUGAUGAGCUAGGAAGUUAUCUCACUAAUCCUCGCUACUUUGGAGCUGUGAUUGGGCGAGUUGCUAACCGCAUUGCUAAGGGUCAGUUUGUAAUUGAAGGAAAAGUGUAUAAGCUGGCUAUUAAUAACGGACCCAAUUCCUUGCAUGGUGGCAUCAGGGGCUUUGAUAAGGCCGUGUGGAGCAGUGAGACUGUGCCUAAUGGAGUGAGACUAAGCCACACAAGUCCUGAUGGUGAUGAGGGAUAUCCUGGCAACCUGAAGGUUUCUGUCACCUACACACUGGAGGAAAACACACUAAGUGUACAUUACUGUGCCCAAACUGACCAAACUACGCCAAUCAACCUGACUAAUCACUCUUAUUUCAACCUUGCUGGACAGGGUACACCAGACAUUUAUGACCAUGAAGUAAGCAUCUCAGCAGAGACAUACCUGCCUGUAGAUGACAACAUGAUUCCGACAGGAGAAAUUAGACCUGUAGAAAAUUCACUCUUUGACCUCCGCAAACCGGUUCUUCUUGGGUUUCGACUCAAAGAACUGCCUGGCCCAGGGUUUGAUCACAAUUUCUGCCUUUGGCUUCCCGGACAAUCAAAACAAGAGAGGAAGUGUGCAAGAGUGGUGCAUCCUGGGACAGGGCGUGUUAUGGAGGUGAGCACCACCCAGCCUGGGGUUCAGUUCUAUACUUCCAACUUCCUGGAUGGGACAGUUGGAGGGAAAGGAGGCACGUCAUACCCAAAACACAGUGCUUUUUGUCUGGAGACACAAAACUGGCCAGAUGCUGUUAAUCAGCCCCAGUUUCCUGAAUCUCUGCUAAGACCAGGAGAGGAGUACAUUCACACUACACGCUUUACAUUCUCAGUUGCCUGAGACAUACAUUACUAUAAUAGUGAUAAUACACAAAUUAAUACAAUAUUCUUGCCAGGUGAAAGGACACCAUUUGAUCAAAGGUAAAUUUCAACCUAUAAAAUCCAAAAGACAGUAUAAUAAAUUUCAAGCACUUCUAUAUAUUUGAGUGAAAU